AUAAUUUAAUAUUUUUAGUUGCAAUAGUACUUAAAAAAGAAAGGUCAAAAUCCUUCUGUGGCACGUGUUAAAUUCUAUAUGUGAAUUUUUUAUGACAAUAUAUUUAAUAUAUUAUUUCACCAACCACUUACCCUUUCAUGAUGGUGAAGCUAUCUGGUAGUAAACGUCCUUAUAAUUCCCAAAUAGAAGUGAUAAAUAUUAGGAAAGAUAAACGUAACAGCAUGACAGAAGAGAAUAAAAAUUCUCUUAAAACAAUUUGUAACGGUUUGUGUGAGAAUCCAUUCUUAUUUAAUCAACUUGACGAAGAAAUAAAGGAGAAAUUGUCACAAAAUGCGAGAAGAUUAGUGGAAUAUGUCGAAUUCAAGCAAAAUAAUGGUGGCGUGAAACGACCAUACAGUGAAUGUGUAAAAAACUAUGAAGAAAAGCAAAAAAGACAGAAAUUACGACGUUCUAUGACAAUAAAAACUAAAUCCGAUUUUGGCGUGCUUCUUAAUCACACUGGAAAUAAUAUUAUCGAAAAUAAUCCAUUUUCACGUGUUUUUUCGAAACUUAUCGCUGAUAUUCCUUCCAGAACUGUUUCUGAUAUUAUGAAUUAUACAAAAAUGAAAACACUACCUAAAAGGGCGUCACACAGAAUACUACCCAGAAUUUCUUUAUCCUCGAUCCAACAAAUGGCUUCACCGAUUAUACAAGAACCCAAUUGGAUCGAUUUCAUUGAAAAAUCGACAUUACCAAAGGCAACGUUAUUACCGUUGAAAUCCACACAUAUUAAUGGAGAUUUAAACAAGACAAAAGUGUCCUGCGUCAUUCAUAACUAUUCCGAAAGAACAGUAAUUGCUGCAGAAGGAAUGUUAAUGUUGUCGACGCUCAAAUGAUUCCAAUAAUUCCUCAGGUAGAAUGGCUAUUUCGAGAAAGAAAUUUUCUAAAAAAAAACAUUUGAUAGUAUCUAAAAUAAUAAUAUAUAAUCCAGAUAUACCCUUUAUAAUAUAUUUUAUACUUUAUUUU